AUGAGUCCGAACGCUCAUCAUGAUUCUGGUCUUACGAACAUCUCGACUAAGCGUAUAACGAGAGGGUCGGAGAGAGGUUUGAAAGCAAUGAAAAACGACGCCAAGAACGAAGAGAGAGGGUGGUUUGAUAACCUUUUCGAGCGGCUUCAGGCGAAGUUAAGCCUUAUCGCUGAUACAGCGUUCAGGAAACGGGAUUCAAUCGAUGCGACAGCUCUACCAAUGUCAAUGAUAGAGCCAAGUUCAACAGCUCUCGCGACACGAAGUGGAACGUCAAGUCCAAGCUUGAGCUUUAAGUCAGCCAGUUCGGAGUUGACACAUUCCCCAGAACACGAGAUCGCGUCCAUUUCGAACAUGGAAGCUCAAUCAGCCCGAUCAACAUCACCUGGUACGAAAGUGGCACAUUACCCGGAACAAGAGGUGGCGUUGAUUUCAACCAGGGCAGCUGAAGCAGUCAAAUCAGUGCCACCUGCUUCAACACCGACAUUUGUUUUCAAUAAAGAAUUUAUAGAUUCUCGGCUCAAAAUACUCGAGAAGGAAAGCAAGUUUGAGUCGAUCAUCAAGGAAUCAUUUGACAUCCCGGAAGACAACUUUGAGCAUUUUAUUCUCCAGCUCAAGGAGGGGGACAUCAAAGAUGAUCCAUUUUUGCUGUUACAUCACAAAAGUUUAAGAGAUUAUAUGAGCCACGAUUCUUCGGAAAAUGAAUUGGCUUUUUAUAUCUUCACGAGCUUAUUGUCGAUCAAAAUGGCGGCAAGAUUACGUUUGGAGUUGAGGAACUCUUGA